AUGGACAAUACUCAGCAGUCACUAAAACGUCAGAGAUCCUUGACGUCCGAGGAUCUCGAUCCCCCGGCCAAGGUUCGAAAGUCAGACGUCGCGUCUGAUGACUCUGGGCUCAAACGACCCAGGUCGCCAUCGUCAGCAAAUGGCGGCCCACCGGCCGAGCGCCCCAGGUUAUCAGCGGAGUCAACUCUCGUGGAACUAGAGGACAAAGAUGAAGAACCACUCGAGAUUGGCGGGCUACAAGUUUACAACAUUCGCCGAGCCCUUGUAGGCACACACGGCGAAGAGUUUCCUCUCCCAGCUUCAACCACAGAGAAAGAAGGCAAUCUUCCAACGCAAUCGACCGUUCUUGGCCAAAAGAGCCCACUUGCCAGAUCACCAACAGCUAGCGUCGCGUUUGUUGGCGAUACGAAACUACUGAGAUUCAUCCCUGCCACGAUUUACAUCUACCAGAGCGCCGCCACUACCAGGGCUUUCCAUUCGCAACCGUAUACCGAGAUUGUCCGCGUUACAGGGACUGAGAAACUUUCCCUCGGUACCUUUGUGCCAACGCUCGCAGGCAGCGGCUGGGAUAUCAUCCAACUUAUUGAUCCCAAGCUCGGCUUCGUCGAAACCACCAAUGGACUAUUAGAUGAGCGGGGUCUCUUUUUUGAGACCGACCUCAUCUUUACGGGGGCAUUGCAGCCUGUCUCAGAUUUUCUCCAUCACUUUUUCAAACAGAAGGAGCCUGGAAUUCACUUUUCAGCAUGGCUUGGCCGGGAGAGAGCAUACGACCGGAUCGAGUCCCUGGAGACACUUAUGCUCCGAGGCACGCUUCGGGAUGUAAGCGUCAACAUCUUUGACAUUCUCGAGUUUCGUGAGAUUGGAGUUGAACUGCUGGGUAGCCGGAUUUAUGAUAUGCAAACGGAAAAGAUGAAGUGGCACUUUGGCUUUGGUUUCUUUGGCCAUUUGCACGUCACCAUGCCGAGGUCGGCUGUGCCGCUACAGGUUGACUACAAGCUGCGCAAGAUCUUGUCUGUCUGGGAGCUGGAGCUAUGUCUCAAAAACGAAGAUUGGGUGAAUGUCUUGGGUGUCGAUGGACUUACACUCGCCGAAGUCAUGUUCAUCGGUCGCCUUGAUGGCAGCGAUCCAAAGAGUAGCAAGUUGUCAUUUGAUGUCACGGCUGUCAUGCAGCUUCGGAACGCAACAAUGCAAGUUCGCGGAGUCUACAGCAAGGAGCUCUCGGUACUCCUUGGAAACCUGACACUCCAAGACGUCGGCGAGAUCUUCUACGAGCUCACAAAAGUCCAUUUAGACGUCUUUGACUACGAUGUGACAUUCAACGCCAUGUCCCUUACCAUCUCGUCUACUGAGCUAGCUCUGUACGGAGCCGUGACCAUCAACGGCCACACAUCUGUUCGAGGUUCCCUCAAACUGUCAAAAGAUGGUAUUGAGGUUCGUGGUGCCAUUGGUGACAUUACUUUCGACGACUGGGACCUCCUCAUCCGAGAGGCAGGGUUUGAUGCCUUUAUCGCCAGCAAGAUGAAGGGAGAGACUGCACGUUCGACAAAAGUCAGCAUUUCAGGCGACGUCAACUUUCACGGCAUUGAUGCCCGUGCCGCCUUGUUCACCGAGAAGCAUCCCAAGCUUGGCUGGGUGUGGACAGUCUAUGGAGAAGUUUCAGGCGAUUUGUCUACUUCUCGUCUUGUCCCAGAGCUCAAGGGCAACUCAAUGCUCGAUAUAUCUCUCAAGCGCCUUGCAAUCAUCGCCUCCAGCCGUGAUGCAGCUGCCGGUACGCUUCAGGGCGUCCCAUUCGAUAUUGUAAAGGGCGUGCAGCUGUGUGUCACCAUCGACAGCAUCGCGGCUAUAGAAGCACUUCUUGGUGGGAGCGUCGGGGGUAUGGUUCUACGGGCUGCUUAUACCAACGGCGCCUUUGCUCUUAGCAUAUCGCUUCCAGCUGCUCGUACCAUCCGAUUCAGCGAUGAUAUUUGGACAGGUCCGAUCGAGUUGAGCAUCCUGGCUGGCCCAGGAGUUCCUAGCCCCAAGUUGUUGAUUGCGGCUACAUUGAACUUUCAAGUGGAUGGACAGCCAGACGACAUGCCUUUACAGCUCGAGUUAACUCUCGGAGCUGAUCUCAUCGGAGCAACGGCGUCUGCAAAGAUGCUAACCCCAUGGGUCAACCCGUUUGACGCUGGAAAGAAUGUGGUGAUAAAGACAUGCGUCAUGGAGAUUGGCAUCAUCUACACCUCAUUUGUUGCCACUGGUGCCCUUGGAAGCCUCGCUUUUGGGGGUCAGUUGGCCAUAGGAUCCAAGACGGCCGGUGCCGCCUUCAAGUUCAGUCAAAACCCCAAAGAACAGCUCGUGGAUAUUUUUGUCGAGAACCUCGGCGCUUCAGACCUCAUGACUUUUGCAUCGCUUGUAGCAGAUCGAAAGCUGCCCACCGUCGCGGAUGAUCUCUUGCACUUUACCAAACUCAAUAUGUACUUUUCAACGGGGACCACUAUUGGGAAGGACGUAUAUCCCCCGGGGAUCUCGGCGAACGGCGACUUGAAACUAUUCGGUAAACGAGCCCAGUUCAAUUGCACACUGGGCAAGGCAGUCAAAAUCAUGGCAACGAUAGAGACGUUCUCGCUUGGUCCCUUGACUGUUCGAGGCGCCACCAAACGCGAUCCACUUGUUGACAUUGAGUUCUCUGCACAAGCCCAAAAGAUCUUGAUUGACGGGGCAGUUGACAUCUGGGAAGCGUCUACUGCUCUUCACUUGGACAUUGGUUUACUACCAAAGACAACAUUUGACUUUUUUGUCCAUCUCAAGCUGUCAGAUCUUUUCCUUCUCAAGUUGGAAGCACAGCUCAAAGGCGCUAUUGACAUCAAGAACUACAAGACAUGGGAAAAGGCCGACUUUAAUAUGUACGGGCUGAUAGAGCAGCGUGUUAUCGACUACGUCACAGCUCAGCUUGACCAGCAGAUCUCAGCCGCUCAUGAAGCCGCCAAAGAGGGCUUCGAGAUAGUCAAACAGGACAUGGAAGCCAAGGAAGCUGUAUUCAAGGCUGGUUGCGAUGAUGCAAUCAAGAAACUUGAAAUCGCCAAGGCUAUCUGGCUCGCCAAGAAGGCUCAGGUUGAUAGUGACUUUGCAAAUGCCAGCGCGUCAGCUAUGGCAGAGAGAAAGCGCUUGCAAGGCAAGGUUGACGAAGCAGAGCGUGAAUUUAAGAAUCUCAUCAGGCAGAAGCAAAACGAGCUAGAACAGGUUCACACCAACGCAGAAAACGCCAUACGCGUCGCUCAAGCUGCAGUUGACUUGAAGCAACGCGAACUAGACGACGGUGUUCGUGUAGCCCAAGCCGGGGUACAGGUCGCUCGAGCCGACUUCAUACGGAGAGCUGAGAUUGUUACAAAUGACAUCAAAAGCAAACAGGCUGAAGUCGACCAAGCGAAGAGAGAAAAAGAACAGCUCAAGGAUGCUAUUUGGAGGUUGGAGCGACAACGGGAUGCGGCGGACUGGUUGGACAAGUGGGAGUACAGAGGCCAGAUCGCAACCGCAGAAGGACUCCUUUUUACGGCUGAUCAAGGUCUGAAAUUAUACGAGAGGUAUCUGGAAGAAGCAAAGGGAGCUCGACUUGCUUCCGAGUACGUCCAGAGCGAAGGGGCUGUUCGGGCAGCUGAACUGGCAUUGCAGACGGCGCAGCAAGUUCUUACGCCGGGACUAAACCUUGCAAAACAGUCGUUUACCGAGGUGAACAAGACGCAGCAGGUCUUGAUCCAGGGAGCUAUCGAGGGGCUCAAAUUUGCAGAGACGGCGAGUGACGAGUUGAAGCUGUUUGAGCUUGCCAAGCGUGGCCUUACCGAGGGCGACAGAGUAACACAGGCGCUUCUCGACACGGCACAGAAUGCAGUCGACGAACUAUCGAAUAGCGUGGAGUUUGUCGGCUUCGAGGCAGCAAAGAAAGGAGUCCAAUUCGCCCAGGAAAACACAAAAGAACUAAACCUAGCCCGACACGCAGUUGAAAUAGCCGAGGAUGUUGUCGAACUGGAGCUAGAUCUAGCCAAAUGGGCAACUGAUCACGCCAAGACCACGUUCAACAUUCGAAAGGUUGAGUUUUCAGGAUCGGUGCGGAGUUUAGUUCAUCCUGAUGAAGGUGGGCCGCCGUUGAUUGUCAAGAUUGAAGGGACAAUAUUGGGGGAGGAGAUUAAUUGGGAGAUUGUGUGGAAGCCCAAAUUUGACUUGGUCAAGUUUAUCAAGGAGCUUUUUACGCUGUUGUGGGAGAAGAUCAAGGAGUUGGCCAAGGAAAUUGUUUAG